CUCAUAAGAGCUGCUGUCACCGUGACUGUCGGGUCUCUCAGGCUGCGUGCGGGUUUGUGAUCCAGUGCACAUGAGGAAUGUGUUUGUGUCGGACGCUUGCGGGCUGAAGCCCUGACCGGGUCGACGCGCUGCAGCACAAAUCAGGCGAGCGGAUCUCUAAUGAUGCAGGGUGAGGACGGCAAGAGAAAGAAACACAGUUUGAACCCCAGAAGUGUAUCGGAGGAUUAUUGUCUGCGCGAGCGACCGAAAGAAGACACAAAAAUGAAGAAUAAAGUUUCCACUUCACAAGCCGUGAGCGGGAAGAGGAAGUGGUCGUGGGAUCAGUACCUGGAGGAUGAGAGAGCUGAAGCUGCUCCUCUGCAGAUCUUCACUGAGUAUCAGGCGUUUCCCAAAAGCCGGAAUGGAUUUAAAGCUGGAAUGAGGCUGGAGGGGAUUGACCCGCUUCAUCCGUCCAUGUUCUGUGUGCUGUCUGUGGCAGAGGUGAUCGGGUUUCGUCUGCGGCUCCAUAUUGAUGGUUACUCCGAGUGCUAUGACUUCUGGGUAAACGCUGACUCACCUGACAUCAAACCAGCAGGAUGGUGCGAGUCAACAGGCCAUAAACUUCACCCACCCAAAGGUUACAAGUCCAACGAGUUCAGCUGGGAGAAAUAUCUGGAGUCUUGUAACACUCAAGCUGCACCAAAGAUUCUCUUCAAAGCCCAAAGCAGUACCACAAACUCCUCGAUGUUUGAAGUGGGGAUGAAGUUGGAGGCGGUGGACAGGAAGAACCUGUGUCUGGUGUGUGUCGCCAGCAUUGCAGAUAUCAUAGACAAUCGGUUCCUGGUUCAUUUCGACAACUGGGACGACACUUACGACUACUGGUGUGACGCGAGCAGUCCUCAUAUUCACCCGGUGGGCUGGUGUCAGGAUCACGGACGGCCACUCACUGCACCUCAGGGACACCCCAAUCCAGAGCACUUCAUCUGGGAGGACUACAUGGAAGACACGAGUGCAUCUGCUGCCCCGAGUCAAGCGUUCUGUAUGAGAAGUCCACACGGUUUCCAGGUGAACAUGAAGUUGGAAGCGGUGGACCGACGAAACCCGAUGCUCGUCCGAGUAGCCACCAUCACAGACACCGAAGACUACCGAGUCAAAGUACAUUUUGACGGCUGGCAUGAAAAGUUUGAUUUCUGGGUGGAUUCAGAUCUGCCUGACCUUCAUCCUGUGGGCUGGUGUGCCAGGACGGGUCACCCGCUAGAACCUCCAUUGACUCACGCAGGGAUUUCUGACCUGAAGAACUCCGUGACACAGGGCGUGUGUCCGACCCCGGGCUGCAGAGGCGUCGGACACAUUAAAGGAGCAAAACACACAGGACACCACAGUGCCUUCGGAUGCCCAUACUCUGACAUGAACAUGAAGAAAGACGUGAUGCUGCCUGACCGUCUUGGAGGAGAGAAGCAGAUCACAUUCAUCCCUGUGCAGUUUGUCCAGAAGACCAAACGCUUGUGUCCAGAUGAGGAAGCGGAGGACGAGAAUGAAGAGGAGAAUGUUGAUAACAGGGAGAUGUUAGCGGGGUAUGACGGGGCACCUCGUCUGCGCGGUCGACCCCCAGUGUUGAAGAGGGAACAUAAAGAAGAACCUUUGACUCCGGGGCAAAAACCGCAGUCACCCCUCGCCAAGAGAGGCCGUUUACCCAGCAGACUCUCACAGUCAGCGAAAUAUCUGCGCAUUAAAGAUGAGGAGGAGGAUAUCGAUGUGAACAGUGUCAUUUCAGAGCGUAACAUGGACAGUCUCCAGCAGGCUCUGCAUCAGUCGGUGUUUCUGUCGGCGAUGUCGGCUCACCCGUCUCGUGACCUGCCGCUGUGCUGGGAGCAGCACUGUAAACUGCUGCCAGGUGUGGCGGGCGUUCAGGCUAGUCGUGUCGCCCACUGGAGCAUAGAGGAGGUGGCUGAUUUCAUUCAUUCUUUACCGGGCUGUGAAGAGCAGGCCAAACAGUUCAGAGAGGAGCAAAUCGACGGGAAGGCGUUUCUGCUGUUGACGCAGCGAGACAUCGUCAAGAUAAUGAGCGUGAAGCUUGGCCCCGCCCUCAAGAUCUACAACUCCAUCCUGAUGUUCAGACACGCCGAGGAUAGCCAAUCAGCAGGCAGCGACACUAACACAUGAAGCUGAACCGAUCGUAGCUCCGCCCCCUCGUAUGUAUGUGAAUGACAGAUAUCUGCUGUAUUGAUGCAUUCCGACACCUCUCGUGCCCUAAAUGCCCUCCGUUAGUGCUCACCCGUACGGCCUCUGACCCCAGCUUUCAGGUUCCACAGCCCGGUUCUGCCUUUCAACAGACGUAGUUGACCUUCGCCUCCUCGCUCCGCUGUAGUUUAUAAAGUUCAACGACGUGACAAUCAAACAAACGACAAACGAACGCAGCGAUUGUCGUCAGUGACAUCAGGGUUUCUUAGUCACGGUGCUAUUUGUAUUCGAAAACAGGUGAACAGAGACACUUCACAGGACGAUGAACGUGUGUGUUGAC